AUGGCCGCCGCAGGCCGGCCCAAGGAUAACCUCUACGAGCCCGCCCUCGCAGACAGUGAACGAGAAGCCGUCGCCGAUCUUCUACAGUACCUCGAGAACCGAGGCGAUACUGAUUUCUUCUCCGGCGAACCACUGCGAGCUUUGAGCACACUCGUUUACUCGGACAACGUCGAUCUCCAGCGGAGCGCCAGCCUUACAUUCGCCGAGAUUACUGAGCGUGAUGUCCGCGAAGUCGAUCGAGACACGCUCGAACCCAUUUUGUUCCUACUGCAGAACCCCGACAUCGAGGUGCAAAGAGCGGCAAGUGCUGCACUAGGCAACCUGGCCGUCAACAAUGAAAACAAAGUCGCCAUUGUCCAGCUCGGCGGCCUGCCUCCUCUGAUCCGGCAAAUGAUGUCACCCAACGUCGAGGUACAAUGUAACGCGGUUGGAUGCAUCACCAACUUGGCCACUCACGAAGACAACAAGGCCAAAAUUGCGAGAUCAGGAGCACUCGGGCCAUUGACAAGGCUGGCAAAGUCGAAAGACAUGCGAGUACAAAGAAAUGCCACCGGCGCACUGCUCAACAUGACGCAUUCCGUAGACGACAACCGACAACAACUGGUGAACGCCGGCGCUAUUCCCGUCCUAGUUCAGUUGCUUUCAUCCCCCGAUAUGGAUGUCCAGUACUACUGUACCACCGCCUUGAGCAAUAUCGCCGUCGACGCAUCCAACCGGAAGAAACUAGCUCAGACCGAAUCACGGCUCGUCCAAUCUUUGGUCCAACUCAUGGACUCCGGCACUCCGAAGGUUCAAUGUCAAGCGGCUCUAGCUCUACGAAAUCUGGCGUCGGACGAAAAAUAUCAACUUGAAAUCGUGCGAGCUAGAGGCUUGCCACCACUUCUUCGCCUUUUGCAGUCGUCUUAUCUACCACUUAUUCUCUCUGCCGUCGCCUGCAUCCGAAACAUCUCCAUCCAUCCUUUGAACGAGUCACCCAUCAUUGACGCUGGCUUCCUCAAGCCGCUCGUCGACCUGCUCGGCUCUACUGACAAUGAGGAGAUACAAUGCCAUGCCAUCUCUACCCUUCGAAAUCUCGCUGCAAGCUCUGAUCGCAACAAACAGCUUGUUCUGGAAGCAGGCGCGGUGCAGAAGUGCAAGGAACUGGUUUUGAAUGUGCCACUGAGUGUCCAGUCCGAAAUGACUGCCGCUAUCGCCGUGCUAGCGCUCAGUGACGAGCUCAAAUCACACCUCCUGAAGCUCGGCGUCUUUGACGUGCUCAUUCCUUUGACGGACUCUGAGAGUAUUGAGGUUCAGGGCAACAGUGCGGCAGCCUUGGGAAACUUGUCUUCCAAAGUGGGCGACUAUUCGAUUUUCGUUCGCGACUGGAACGAACCAAACGGCGGGAUUCAUGGUUAUCUGAAGCGUUUCUUGGCCAGCGGUGAUCCGACCUUUCAACACAUCGCAAUCUGGACUCUGUUGCAGCUCUUGGAGUCGGAUGACAAGAAGCUCGUCAACCUCGUCGCCAAAUCUGAAGACAUCAUCCAGAUGGUCAAGACAAUUGCCGACAAGCACGUGGAGUCCGACGAUGAGGAAGGCGAAGAAGGCGAGGGUGAAGUCAUUGCCCUUGCUCAGAGAUCACUGGAGCUGCUCGGGAAAGGGCCCAAGCAAACACUGGUGGAAGGCUGA